AUGGACGAAACUGCGCGACUGAAGGCACAGCUUGUUGCGAUGGAACGCGAAAACGCCGAACUCAAACAUCGGUUGAAGGAGGUGGAACUAGGCAUGAAUGACACAAAUCAGUUGGUUUUAAAUGGAAAUAUGCAGGUUGAAUUUCAACAGGCCGAUACGAAAAAUGUGCUAACACUGUAUAAAUCGCAGAAGAGGGCACGAUCCAGCUCCUUGGACCUUGUAGAGAUCGGUCGAGAUAGUAAAGUCUACAAUCUUCCCGUGCCCCAAGAAACGCCUGUGAAAAAUCUGGGUCAUGUGGAUGUUAAUCCUCAUGAUAAAACCUUCAAAGCUUCUCCGCAGACACCUUCCUGGCCAGUUAAACUUUCUCCGCGCAAUUUUAAGAUUAAAAAAGGGUCGCCCUCGGAAAGCAAGAGCAUCUUAAAACUUGAAAAGGAUGAUCCUGAGAUAGAACCUGUGUGCUUAAUGACAGAUCGAUAUCCACUUAUUACAAGGUCCUUGCAGGAUGCAAUCGAGGGCCAAGGGUCAGAAGAGAACGAACUAGUGUUGGUGGCACGUGCGCCUGAAAAUGGCUCGAACAGCGCAUGUAAUGUUGAAGAAGCACAGAACAGCUCAUUAGCUCCCCAUAGCUCACAAGCGGGAGUGUAUAACGAGCCAGAACACAAUGUACAUUCAACUACACCGAUCAAUCUGUCGGCCAUUGCCAAGGAAUAUUUGCAGUCUUCCAAUGCCCUCAUUGUAUCACCCUCUCCAGACACACUUCUAGUACCACGUAAAUAUCUGCGUCUUAUCUAUGGUGGAAGUGAUCAGCAAUUCUUCCAAUAUAUCCAGGAUAACCUCAACCCAUCAGGGAAAGAGAAGCGACGCAUGGUAUUUCCGCAAUUAGAGUCUAAUCCCUCUAUGCCCAUGCGUCCCGGACAGCCGGGCCUGUUGUACUCGUCCAGAUACGAGCUUUUGCAUGGAAGUUACCCCUGGACAGUUUUUUGCAAACCUGAUGCGUCAAAAGCUCUCUGGUUGUACCUAGCCUCCCAGUAUAACGGACAAGAAAGCAAGACGAAAAUUGAAUGGGCACAGCGUCUUCUAAAGGCCAAAGCACAUGACGUCUAUAUUUCGAUGCGCGCACGUAUUGCGCUUCGAAAGUACGGUCAACUUUUACCUUCCACUUCCAAAGCGGACGAAGAGACCCUGAUUCGCUCCGAGAUAAAGUCAAUAAAAAUCAACAAAGGAAUGCAUCUGACUGAAAACGACAUUAUUGACGCUUUUUCCAAGGGCGAGGAGGGCAUUGACAUAAUCCGAAUGACAUGCAUCCAAUACGACCACGUUUUCUUGAAUGACAUGAAGACUAGGUAUUCCUCUUACUCUGCACUUUGUACCGCCUCCCGAGAGAAGAAAAACGCCAGAGAAAGUGAUAGAGGCAAGGAAGGUAGGAGUCUGUCGGUGAAACAGGCCCCUAAGCAUGUAACUACGCAAAAAUCCAGCAAACGCAGGAAAUUGCAUGACGGAGAUGCAAGUAGUCUAAAUGAGGGAUGUCAAGAAUACGAAGAACCUGAAAGCAGCUCUAAAUCGUCAAUUGCGCCGCGAAGGAGCAGCCGAAAGUCUGUAGCCAAUGGUAUGUUAUCCAUCUUGUCAUCAAAUAUUGCUGCGUCAUUGACUGUGGUAUAG